AGUUGGACGGGGGUAAAAGCUGGUUAGCGAGUGCGCAGGCUCCUCUUGGAGCUGUUACACACAGUAGGAAGCGAGAGGAUGCAGAGAGUGGAACCGCUCCCGGGGAAUGAACAGCGUCAGUAACAUCAGCAGCAGCAGCUCGGCGCAGCUCCCCGGCUCCAACCCCACACACACACAUACACACUCCGCCACUCCAGACCCAGCUCAGCUCUCCUUACAAAUGACCUCCUCCUUCUCUGAAAGAUGGCAAACGGCUUCCCCAAACCUUUAGACACGCUGUACAGAGAGAGGCUACUCGCGGCUGUAUAUACCGGGGUUUUCUAUUUGCAAACCUUGCUGUGGAUUGUUUGUUUCGUCUGUGGCGAAGAACACCCGUUCAGCGUGGAGAUAUGGUUGCAGAAGUACGGCUACCUUCAAGCUAGUGGACCCAGAAUGUCAGUAUUGCGUUCUUCACAGUCCAUGCACACAGCUGUAGCUGCUAUGCAGCAAUUCUAUGGAAUUAAAGUUACGGGGACUUUGGAUGAAAACACAAUAGAUUGGAUGAAGAGACCUCGAUGUGGCGUGCCUGAUCAGUUGGGCAGCAACGUUAGAUUUAACAUUAGACAGAAGCGGUACGCAUUAACGGGCCAGAAGUGGCAUCACAAACACAUCACUUACAGCAUCAAGAACUUCACCCCUAAAGUAGGGAAGAUGGAGACACACAGAGCGAUUCGGCGAGCCUUUGACGUUUGGCAGAACGUAACUCCGCUGACCUUUGAAGAAAUCGCCUACGACGAGCUGGGGAACAAGAAAAGGGACGUGGACAUUACAAUUAUUUUUGCGUCUGGCUUCCAUGGCGAUAGCUCGCCCUUUGAUGGAGAAGGUGGCUUCCUUGCACAUGCUUAUUUCCCGGGGCCUGGCAUUGGCGGGGACACUCACUUCGACUCCGACGAGCCUUGGACGCUAGGAAACCCGAAUCACGACGGAAAUGAUUUAUUUCUGGUCGCAGUUCAUGAGCUUGGCCACGCCCUUGGCUUGGAACACUCCAAUGAUCCCUGCGCAAUAAUGGCUCCAUUCUACCAGUACAUGGACACGGAACAUUUCCAGCUUCCGCAAGAUGACUUGCAGGGCAUCCAGAAGAUUUAUGGUCCUCCAGACAAGAUUCCCCACCCUACAAAGUCGCUGCCCACUGUGCCGCCACACCGCUCCAAUCCACCAUUAGACCCUCGGAAACCGAACAGACUACCGCGACCUCCACGCCCACCAGCCAGGGAUAAACCCAAUAUCUGCGAUGGAAACUUCAACACCUUGGCUAUUCUACGGGGUGAAAUGUUUGUAUUCAAGGACCAAUGGUUUUGGCGAGUUCGGAACAACAAGGUAUUAGAUGGGUACCCGAUGCAAAUUGUCUUUUUCUGGAGGGGUUUACCAUCUAACAUCGACGCAGUUUAUGAACGGCCCGAUGGAAGAUUUGUGUUCUUCAAAGGAAGUAAAUAUUGGGUCUUUAAGGAAGCCACAUUGGAAUUGGGAUAUCCUCAGAAUGUGGUGGAACUUGGCAGCGGAGUUCCCCCUCAGGGCAUUGACACAGCGGUGUGGUGGGAAGACGUUGGGAAAACCUACUUCUUCAAAGGAGACAGGUACUGGAGGUACAAUGAAGAAACGCAGGUGGUGGACAGUGGUUAUCCCAAAUCCAUUUCAAUAUGGAAAGGAAUUCCUGAAUCUCCACAAGGGGCCUUUGUCAGCAAAGAAAGUGGGUACACGUUUUUUUACAAAGGAAAGGAGUACUGGAAAUUCAAUAACCACAAACUCAGGGUGGAGCCUAAUUAUCCAAGAUCAAUACUUACAGAAUGGAUGGGAUGUGAUCGAACUAAGACAGCAGAGGCCGACAGGCAAGAUGCACAAGAUGACGUUGACAUUGUGAUCAAAAUGGAUAACACUUCCAGCACUGUGAAUGCCAUAGCCAUUGUUAUCCCUUGCACAUUGGCCUUGUGUUUCCUGGUAUUGAUUUACACAGUAGUUCAAUUCAAGAGGAAAGGAACGCCACGGCACAUACUAUACUGCAAGCGGUCCAUGCAGGAGUGGGUAUGAUCAUUGCCGGCGAAGGCGAUGUGGAAUUUCAACAAGUGGGCGGUUACGCUAAAACCCAGCAACGGCACAUUGGAUCACGGCUGAUUUUCUCAGAGUUGUCUGUUCUGAGCUCGAGUGGAGGUUAUAAAAGAGAGAGGGGAAAGCUUUCAUAAUACACGGAUCUAUCACCUGUAUUCCAGUCCCUUUGCCUUUCUUUGGUGCAUCAUUCCGUAUAGGUCUUUUAAUCCGCAAGCUUGAUGCCCUCGUGGAAUGUGACUCCACGUUAAGCAAAUGGAAAAACCAAGAAGAAGAAAAAAGCAAA